AUGUCGCUGGAAAGCCCAGAUCAGACGGCCAAUGGAGCCUUGCUAACGGGUCGAGCACAGGAAUCUGUCGCCGAAGAAACUGAUCCCAGCGAUACAAAACUUCGGACAAGCAGUCGCAGUAGCAGCACUAGUGAUUUGCAUCCUGUAGCUAUUCGCGGAUCGCUAGGAAGCAAAGACACUCAUGCUGUCCAGGCCCUUAACACGCUUCUCACUUCCACUAACGGUUCGUUUGAAUCUUCCGAUAUUUUACUUGAAUUACACUGA